ACAAAGCAAAUAAUCUUGAUAUUCUUCUUGAUGCAAAAGAGACUGUGGGUAAAUUAAGAGAUUACUUGAAGACAUACGAUAAAACCUACCCGGAUGUACAAUAUGAUUUUAUUGAACACGAAAGUCAUGGAACCGUCGGGGAAAUUCUAACCGAAUAUAUUUCUCUACAACAACCGAAUUUGCUAAUUAUUGGAUCAAGGAAUCUUGAAGGCUUACAAAAGGUCCGUUUGUUAUUCCCUCGAAUAUCUUCCAUUGUGUUGAGUUCAACUAGUGAAUAUUUGGUGAGACAUGUAUGCUGCCCGGUGACAAUCAUUAAACAAUGA